CCGAUGGAGAAUUACUUCCAAGCAGAAGCUUACAACCUGGACAGGGUGUUAGAUGAAUUUGAACAAAACGAAGAUGAAACAGUUUCUCCUACUUUAUUGGAUACAAAGUGGAAUAAGAUUCUAGAGCCUUCUUCUCACCAUCUGUCGUUUACUCCUGCAUUGGCUAGUGUGAAUGAACCUGUGGUUUCUAAUGAGUCACAGUCACAAGUAAAAGUCUUCUCUCUGGCUCAUUCUACUACUCUGACCACAGAAGGAGGAGAUUGUUGUGCUAAUGGACAGGACGACAGUCUAAAUCCAGAGAUUGACACGAUGUGGAUUGAUGAGAAUGCUGUUGCAGAAGAUAAACUAAAGAAAAACUGCAAUCGAGAUGAUCAGUGCAGUGCUAUCGAAGGUGGAGAAAAGAAAUGUGGAAACCUGGCUUGCCGGCCAGAUGAGAAGAACGUUCUUGUUGUAGCAGUCAUGCAUAACUGUGAUAAAAGGACAUUACAAAGUGAUUUGCAAGAUUGUAACAACUAUAAUAAUCAAACUCUUAUGGAUGCAUUUAGCUGUUCACUGGAUAAUGAAAGCAAACAAACUGAUCAAUUUAGCUUUAGUUUAAAUGGGUCCACUGAAAAAGAUACAAACUCAGAGAAACAAAUGGAUCCAUUGAUUAGACCAAAUGCAGAGGGAAAUUCCAUUAACCAUCUAUGUCCUACUUCAUCUGAUAGUCUCACCAAUGUCUGUCCCCCUUCACAAUUAAAGAAUGAUGAAAAUAAAACUAGAGAUGACUCUUUGUCUAUAAUUACAAGUUUAACAAUUGAUUCAAUGACCACAUCUCAAGAAACAGAUGAAAGUUCUGCUGUGAAGAAACAAGAGAAUUGUAUACCUGAUGAGGUUCUCACUGGCAAAACCAUCUCUGCUAGAACAGCUGUAGGUAGUCCAAAUUCCUUUUCUCACGUGAGUGAGGGAAUUUUGGUGCAGAAAGAGUCAUCAGAAGAAAGAACAACAGAAGAAUGCCUGCAGUCUAAUUUACCUUUGCUUCUUAAUCCAGACAUGCCUAAUGGAUCUGAAAGGGAUGAUAACUGUGAACAAUUUUCAGAUUGCCUUGGGCCCAGUGAUGUUAGAGCUGAUGAAAAUGAAGGUUGUGAACAUGAAAAAGUUAUUGGCACUAUAGAAAUUCUUAGUUUGACAGAACAUUUCUCUGAAUCUCAAGAGGUAACUAAUUGGAAAUUGACUAAACUAAAUGAAGUGGAUAACAAUCAAGUAAAUGAAGAAAAUGAAAAGUUUGUGCCAGUGAGUGAGCUUGAGGACACUUUUGAUAAUGGAGGAGAGUGUGGUGGACUAGCAGAAGUCGGUCUAGAUUUUAAAGGAACCUGUAUGAAUGAAAGUGAAGAAUGUGAUUUCUCCACUGUUACAGAUACACCAGCAGCAAAUUCUCUUUCUAAUGGCUGUGAUUCCUGUGGAAUGCAGAGUCCAGUUGUUGGUUUUGUUCCAAAGACUUUACCCUCCAAAGAAGAUUCAGUAACAGAAGAAAAGGAAAUAGAGGAAAGCAAAUUGGAAUGCUACUCAAAUAUUUAUGAGCAGAGAGGAAAUGAGGCCACAGACGGAAGUGGACUGCUUUUAAACAGCACUGGUGACUUAAUGAAGAAAAAUUAUUUGCACAAUUUCUGUAGUCAAGUUCCAUCAGUGCUUGGGCAAUCUUCCCCCAAGAUUGCGAAUCUGCAAUCUAUCAGUGUUCCUUUUGGUGGUGCAAGACCUAAACAACCUUCUAAUCUUAAGCUUCAAAUCCCAAAGCCAUUAUCAGAUCAUUUACAAAAUGACCUUCCUGCAAACAGUGGAAAUAAUAUUAAAAACAAGAAUGAUGUUCUUGGGAAAGCAAAAUUAGGAGAAAACUCAGCAACCAAUGUGUGCAAUGCCUCUUUGGGAAACAUCUCUAAUGCUGAUACCAAUGGGGAACAUUUAGAAAGUUAUGAGGCUGGGAUCUCCAGUAGACCGUGCCUUGCAUUAGCUCCAGAUAGUCCAGAUAAUGACCUCAGAGCUGGCCAGUUUGGAAUUUCUGCCAGAAAGCCAUUUACAACUCUGGGUGAGGUGGCUCCAGUAUGGGUACCAGAUUCUCAGGCUCCAAAUUGCAUGAAAUGCGAAGCUAGAUUUACAUUCACCAAAAGGAGGCAUCAUUGCAGAGCAUGUGGGAAGGUCUUCUGUGCUUCCUGCUGUAGCCUGAAAUGUAAACUAUUAUACAUGGAUAGAAAAGAAGCUAGAGUGUGUGUAAUCUGUCAUUCAGUGUUAAUGAAUGCUCAAGCCUGGGAGAACAUGAUGAGUGCCUCAAGCCAGAGCCCUAACCCUAACAAUCCUGCUGAAUACUGUUCUACUAUCCCUCCCUUGCAGCAAGCUCAGGCCUCAGGAGCUCUGAGCUCUCCACCUCCCACUGUGAUGGUACCUGUGGGAGUUUUAAAGCACCCUGGAGCAGAAGUGGCUCAGCCCAGAGAACAGAGGCGAGUUUGGUUUGCUGAUGGGAUCUUGCCUAAUGGAGAAGUUGCUGAUGCAGCCAAAUUACCAAUGAAUGGAACUUCCUCUGCAGGAGCCUUAGCUGUGUCACAUGACCCAGUCAAGACUGUAACAACUAAUCCUUUACCAGCAGAGACGGAUAUUUCUCUAUUCUCGGGGAGUAUAACUCAGGUUGGAAGUCCUGUUGGAAGUGCAAUGAACCUUAUUCCUGAAGAUGGCCUUCCUCCCAUUCUCAUCUCUACUGGUGUAAAAGGAGAUUACGCUGUGGAAGAGAGACCAUCACAGAUUUCAGUAAUGCAGCAGCUGGAGGAUGGUGGCCCUGACCCACUUGUGUUUGUUUUAAAUGCAAAUUUAUUGUCUAUGGUUAAAAUUGUAAAUUAUGUGAAUAGGAAGUGCUGGUGUUUCACAACCAAGGGAAUGCAUGCAGUGGGUCAGUCUGAGAUAGUCAUUCUCCUACAGUGUUUACCUGAUGAGAAGUGUUUGCCAAAGGAUAUCUUUAAUCACUUUGUGCAGCUGUAUCGGGAUGCCCUGGCAGGGAAUGUGGUGAGCAACUUGGGACAUUCCUUCUUCAGUCAGAGUUUUCUUGGCAGUAAAGAACAUGGUGGAUUCUUAUAUGUGACAUCUACCUACCAGUCACUACAAGACUUAGUUCUCCCAACUCCACCUUACUUGUUUGGAAUUCUCAUCCAGAAAUGGGAGACUCCUUGGGCUAAAGUGUUUCCUAUUCGACUGAUGUUGAGACUUGGAGCUGAAUAUCGACUUUAUCCAUGUCCACUGUUCAGUGUCAGAUUUCGGAAGCCAUUAUUUGGAGAGACAGGGCAUACCAUCAUGAAUCUUCUUGCAGACUUCAGAAAUUAUCAGUACACAUUACCAGUAGUUCAAGGUUUGGUGGUUGAUAUGGAAGUUCGGAAAACCAGCAUCAAAAUUCCCAGCAACAGAUACAAUGAGAUGAUGAAAGCCAUGAACAAGUCUAAUGAGCAUGUCCUGGCAGGAGGUGCCUGCUUCAAUGAGAAAGCAGAUUCCCAUCUUGUAUGUGUACAGAAUGAUGAUGGAAACUAUCAGACGCAGGCCAUCAGUAUUCACAAUCAGCCUAGAAAGGUGACAGGUGCCAGUUUCUUUGUGUUCAGUGGUGCUCUGAAAGCCUCCUCAGGAUACCUUGCCAAGUCCAGUAUUGUGGAAGAUGGCGUGAUGGUCCAAAUCACUGCUGAGAACAUGGAUUCCUUGAGGCAGGCGCUUAGAGAGAUGAAGGACUUCAGCAUCACCUGUGGGAAGGCCGACGCGGAGGACCCCCAAGAGCACAUCCACAUCCAGUGGGUGGAUGAUGACAAGAACGUCAACAAGGGGGUUGUAAGUCCUAUAGAUGGAAAGUCCAUGGAGUCUAUAAUAAGUGUGAAGAUAUUCCAUGGAUCAGAGUACAAAGCAAAUGGUAAAGUCAUCAGAUGGACGGAGGUGUUUUUCCUAGAAAAUGAUGACCAGCACAAUUGCCUGAGCGAUCCUGCAGAUCACAGCAGACUGACUGAACACGUUGCCAAGGCUUUCUGCCUCGCUCUCUGCCCUCACCUGAAACUUCUGAAGGAAGAUGGCAUGACUAAGCUGGGGCUGCGUGUGACACUUGACUCAGACCAGGUUGGCUAUCAAGCAGGGAGCAACGGACAGCCUCUGCCAUCACAGUACAUGAAUGAUCUAGACAGCGCCUUGGUGCCGGUGAUCCAUGGAGGGGCCUGCCAGCUCAGCGAGGGCCCUGUUGUCAUGGAACUCAUCUUUUAUAUCCUGGAAAACAUCGCAUAGACAGAGAGGACUUCAUUUAUUUCUGUUCAGACCUGUUGCAACAGCAGUCAUACCCAAAUCAUUUGCACUUUAAAACUGGAUGAUUAAGCUUUUGUUAACACUAUUAAUGGGGGGUGGGAGGUGGGAUUUGGGGCAGGGGGUGGGAAGAGGGGUUGGGGGGACAGAUGUUCCAUCCUUUUAAGUCUUCUAUGCAUUGUCCACCAAGAGGAUCUGGGCAGCUUCUACUACUGCACAACAGUUAUGCUAUCUUUGCAGCUAAUCCCCUUCUGUUACUGUUUAGACAAGAAUUCCACUCCUGUUUAAAGAUUUACUUCUGGUCAUGUGCUCAGAAAUGCUCAAAUGGAUACAACCAUCACGAAGGGAAGGGUGGGAGGGGAAAUAAAAAAUGAAGCAUCUGUCUUGCCCUCUUUGUACAGAACUGAUAUAAAACAGGAGGAUUCCACAUUG